CUGACGGCGCCGUUUCCUCCGCAGAGCCGCGCCGCUGACGCUCCUCCACGCCCGGGCCACGUGACAAGGCGAGCGGCCUCUCCUCUGCUCGGUCCCUUCCUUCCCAGGGUUCAAUGAGCGCUGUGUGGCCCCACCCCGUCUCUCUUUAGCGCUGUCUAUCUCCUCAACGUAGGCUACUAUUCUCGGGGAAAGUACAAAGGAGAAACGAGAGAAAAUAGUACCUUUCAGCAUUUGGUUGUUGUUGUCGUCCUCCUUCCUCGAGCAGCGGCCGGUAGGGAGCGGCCUCCGCGGUGGGAAUGUGCUGCUACAGCCGCCCCGUGUCCUAUUUUUUGUGAAUGUAAAUGCACAUGUAGUCUCCAGCUUGUAGCCCGUGCUCCAGCCUUGGAUCCAGAGGAAUAUAGACAUGUGUGAGACUGUUGUGUGGCUUUACUGCGCCCUGACCCUCCGUGUAGGCUUUAAAAAGUGAGCCGUGACAGCGGGGGUUGCUUUUUCACCUGCAAGGAACUAACGUGGAUUCUUUUCAAGGGAUUUUCACGUCUUGGUCACGUUUUGUCUGUGUGUUCGUUAUCAUCUUUUGGGGAUCCAUUCGCUGUGUGGUGUGUUUUUGUUGGUGAAAAGUGCGUCUUUGCGCAGUUUGGAGGGCUGGUGAUGUGAGGGGCUGAUAACACAUAUGAGCAACAAAAGCGAGGGGCAGCGACAGAGAGCAGGCCUUUGAAGAAAACACAGCCUGCCUUCUCAAACCAGAGGGAAUAACCGGGGGAUACGGUCUGGUUUUACCGUGGAAAGCGGCCUGGAACCGUCUCAAAGACGCCGCCCGUGAGUUAGGGCAAUUUGGGGCUAAUUUGGUGCGGCCAUAGUGGAGGAGCAAGAUGACAGCGGAAGCUACGAGACGAUUACACAUGUAGCUCGUUUGGGUGUAAAUAUUCUUUCCCUUUCGCUUGUCUGUACGGGCCCCGGAGAAAGCAGGACUCAGAUACGUUGUGAACGCGAGCACAAUCCAAAAUAUUCAUGUGUGACCAUGUUAAAUGUUAAAACUGGUCGUGCCGACAGCGGGGCGAGCAUUUUGGACACGCCGAGUUUGGCUCCUUGUCACGGGCAGCAGUGAGACGCGACACCCGGGCUUUUGGAGAUGCAAAUUAGCCAGCUCACCCUGCCUCCAUUCGGGGUGAAAAACCGGGUUUUGCCAUCAUAAAGGACACUGUGGGAUUAGAGUAGCGAGCGUGGGGGAGAGAUAUAAUCGCGUGUAGCCUGGUGCAUGUGCAGGGGGAUCGAGUGGAUUGAGGCGGCCUGCUGCGGUGUCCUGCCCUUCUCUGACAGCACAGACGCGUUAUGGACACGGCUUUUCCCCCCAGGAGCACCACGGACUGUGCAGGAGCAGGCCAGGGACGAUCAGCGGCGUGAAUAGCGGCGUGAAUGUAGGCGGCAUCGCUCCCAAAGCUGUGGGUCAAACUAGGGAUAAGGCCUAAUUAUUUAUUUAUUUAGCCUCCGUAGCACGCUCUCCAGUCUCCUUCCUCCUCCCCUGUACACCCCUUUUACUUUUUCUUGCGGGAAGAUGGGUUGUUUGGGCAACAGUAAGACCGAAGACCAGAGAAAUGAGGAGAAGGCCCAACGAGAAGCUAACAAGAAGAUUGAGAAGCAGCUCCAAAAGGACAAGCAGAUCUACAGAGCCACUCACAGACUACUACUUUUAGGAGCUGGGGAGUCAGGAAAGAGCACCAUUGUAAAGCAGAUGCGAAUUCUUCAUGUUAAUGGAUUCAAUGCAGAGGAGAAAAAACUGAAAAUCCACGACAUCAAGAAUAACAUUAAAGAGGCUAUUGAGACGAUAGUGACGGCGAUGAGCACUCUCACGCCGCCUGUGCAGUUAGCAUGUCCCGAAAACCAGCACCGAAUUGAAUAUGUCCUAAACCUCGUCAACCAGAAAGAUUUUGAGUUCCCACAGGAGUUCUACGACCAUGCCAAGAUGCUAUGGCAGGACGAGGGGGUUCGGGCAUGUUUCGAGAGAUCCAAUGAAUACCAGCUCAUCGACUGUGCACAAUAUUUCCUUGAUAAGAUCGACAUAGUGAAACAGACCGACUACACUCCAACAGAUCAGGAUUUGUUGCGAUGCAGAGUACUGACUUCUGGGAUCUUUGAGACAAGGUUUCAGGUCGACAAAGUAAAUUUUCAUAUGUUUGACGUCGGCGGCCAGAGAGACGAACGCCGGAAAUGGAUCCAGUGCUUUAACGAUGUAACUGCCAUCAUCUUCGUUGUGGCUAGUAGCAGCUAUAACAUGGUGAUCCGAGAGGACAAUCAGACCAACCGGUUACAAGAAGCACUCAACCUUUUCAAAAACAUCUGGAAUAAUAGAUGGCUGCGGACCAUUUCUGUCAUUUUGUUCCUAAAUAAACAGGAUCUUCUAGCUGAAAAAGUGUUGGCAGGAAAGUCGAAAAUUGAAGAAUAUUUUCCUGAAUUUGCUCGAUACACGACACCCGAUGAUGCAACACCAGAGCCUGGCGAAGAUCCUCGGGUCACAAGAGCAAAGUAUUUUAUUCGUGAUGAAUUCCUGCGGAUCAGCACGGCGAGUGGUGACGGCAGACACUACUGUUACCCUCACUUCACCUGCGCCGUGGACACCGAGAACAUCCGGCGUGUCUUCAACGACUGCCGAGACAUCAUCCAGAGAAUGCACCUGCGCCAGUACGAGCUCUUGUGAUGGACAUGUACCACAGCAGUGUCAACACAUGCUUGCACUGUGGACCGCCCCUUACGCUACAACCACGGAAACAACGGGGAAAUAAAGACUCCUUAAAACAUAUUAUCGGACUAAUGCAAUGUUACUGAAAGAGAAAUGUGUUGAAGGGGUCAUGUAUCAUGAUCUUGUAAACCGUGACUCUGCUCGGCCUCAUUUGGGCUGCAUUUUCUAGACAAGUUGCAGUUCAAAUUGUCAAGAUUUACUUUGAAAAGAGAUUAUUAAUAUUACAUUUCUGCAAAAAGGAUUUUAAAAAAGAGAGAUCACUGUAUUUGAAGACAAGCACUGUGUUUGAGACUACGCGGAAACCGAUCCAUUCCUAGAGUUCUGAAGAAUGCCCGCGGAACAUAUCGCCACCUCCCGGAGAAGAGGUGGUUUUCACCGCACAGUGUGUUGAUUACAUUCGGAGCCUUGAAACCACAGUAUUAGCCUGGACUUGAAUGGAGGACGUCGAUACGUGACCACAGCUAUCUGACUUUCCCACGUAACUACCCGAAAGGAGGAUUUACCGAAAUAGAUUAUUAUUGACUUCUGUGGACUUAAAUGGACAAAAGCGUCCUCCUUCUACAGUAAAAGUUACAUUUUCGUCACGAUUGACUCGAGUUUUUUUUUUGUUUUUGUUUUUUGCGUCUCCACAGCUGUUCAUCUCUGUGUGGACUUUGUGCCAUUGUUCUCAAGUGCGCUUUUUUCUUUGACGUUACUGUCGCUGCCCCACCUCUCCCUGCUCCCGCACUCCUCUCCCCUCCCUCCCUCCGCACCACAUAUUCAUUUGUUUUUAUGUCCCAUUUUGUUUGAAGAGAAAAUAAAGUAUAAAUAAUAAAGGAAGAGGAUGAGUAUUGAGACAUUCGUGUUUUGGUGGAAAUGGGCUAUACACCUCUCUCUCCCUCCUCCUCUCCUGUGUCUGUCCUCACUUUACAGCUGAUCUAUUAUUCUUGUACAGACUGUAAAAUGUAUUAUUUUGUACAACUUUAUUGAAAAGACAAACUUUUAGAAGAUCCCUGUGCCUUCAUCAUGACUGUACGUGUGUAAUGAGCUAACUUGGGUGUCAUUCUGCGCUGUAACGCUUGGCCAAACCCCCACCCCGCCCGCCUCCCACGUCUUUCACUGUCCAUUUUCUUUUAUUUUUGUAUUUUUUUCUCUUCUCGAUCCUUCCAUCCUCUCUAUGAUUUGUCUAUUUUGAUCCAUAUACCCCAAAAAAGAUAAAUAUAUGAAUUGUAAAUGGGUUUUAAAGGUAUUUUAUUAGAAUCAAAUGAACCUUGACAAAUUGUACACUUGACGGUGUGCUAUUGCUAUAACUUAAACCCUUUUAACUGAA